AUGAAUAAAUUUUAUAUUCAAAUUGUUUUUUUUCUUUUAACCAUCUCCGUAUAUGUGAAUAAUAAAACACAUGCAGCUGAACCUGCUCCAGGAACGUCUACACCCCCCACACCAACACAUAAUUAUCCCACUUCAGAAGAAAUAUAUAAAAAACACAAGCACCUAUUAUGUACCAAUCCCAAAGAAACUAAAAGAGCGGUUGAACUUAUGAACGAAGCUAUAACACAUUUUAAACAUCAUUCUAUAUGUUUAGAUGAUUAUGAACCCUGUGAAAGAAAUCCUAAUUCUAGUAUCCUUUUAUUUAAAAAAUACCAUGAAGGACAUACACGUGUUGAAAAAAUUGAGUAUAAAGUUUAUGAUCCCAAUGAGUAUAAUGAUGCAAUAAACAAGCUAUGGGAUCCCGAUAAUGCGGAUUUUUUCAAUGCUAGCUCUGUUAAAAGAAAAAUUAUCCGUGUGUACAAUCCAAAUUUAGUAUUGAUACAGCAACGUUAUAAAACUUGGUUUUGGGGGAAAGAAAAGUAUUUUUAUGCUUUAAUUACAAGGUUUGAAAUAUCAAAAUAUAUAACUUUAAUUGUCAUGACUUCAGUAAAUGUAAAUGACCACAACCCUUCCAAUAAAGAAUAUAAAAACACAAUAAUAGAAAACGCAAAUUCAUUCAAAAUUGACAUAGAUUCUGAAGAUGAUAUUAGAAAAGGAAAAUUAAAAAAAACGUUUGUUAACUUAGCUGGAUACUAUUUUCAAAAAUACAAUAGUGUUGUUGAUGUCACCUAUAUUUCAUCUAUUAAUGGACAUGCUUGCAUUUAA